UGCUGUAAAGUGAUGUCACGGCCGGCGUGUGUGCGCGUGCGCGAUACUGCACAUGCUCAGAGUAAUUCUAAGUGAGUUUAUAUAUUAUAUAUAUUUGCGUCUUUUAUUCCCACUCGUGGUCUGAGGGGUCAGCUGCUGUAGGCUCCUGUGCGCGUGCAGGCUGUGCAGACCAAACGAGCCCCCCCCCCUGACCACCUCAGCCGCGCUCCUCCACCCUGAUCCUCUUAAACUGACGGAGGCUUCCCCGCUGCUGCGCACGGCUCGCACGCAGACGGGACUGAGCUUUUUCUUCAUCUGCUCACGACAAGUUCAGCAGCUGCGACGGAAGGAAGCGAGGUUCAGACGCAUGGUUCAAAGACACAAGAGCACCAGAAGCUUCGCUCUGGAGGGAUGCUCACUGAGUGAGGACAGGAUUCCCGAGCCCGGACAGAACUUGACGGGAAACACGAGUGAUCGUGGGAUUUUCCUGAAUGGGAAAGUCUCGCGCUCUAAUGAAAUCCUCAUAAAUCAUAGUUCAUCUGCUCCGGCCGCCUUUUUGCUGAACCAAAUGCCACUCUAAUGCCCACAGGUGGGGUUAAAAGCCCCCUGUUUGGCUUGAAAUCGCCUUGACGCCCCUGUGGAGGAUUUCUCUGGCGGUUCGUUCCCGAGGAGCGCAGCACAGCCGCUGAGAUGGACCGACACACUGCGCCAUGCGUCACCGCCAACCUGACAGGAUACUAACCGUCAUUUAUUUAAGACAACUUUCACAUUUUCAGACUGGUUUAAGGUUUUUUUCCCCCCGUAGCCAUUUUCAGUAAACUUUUGCUCCGCGGUCCUCCUCGUCUUUCUCAUCGUCACUCGGAUUUCCAUGAAGCGACCCAUCGGGUGAUUAUAGCUACUUUCUUUAGAGGAUUUUGCUGUGGGUGCAGCGGGACAUCAUGUGGACGCCGACAGAGGAUGAGAAAAUUGGAGUGGUCAUCUGCAACUUCCGAGGCUCAGUGACUCAGGGUUUGGCUCUGGAGGUGGGGGAGACUGUUCAGAUCCUGGAAAAAUGCGAAGGAUGGUACCGAGGGUUCUCGACGAGGAAGCCAAAUGUCAAGGGAGUUUUUCCUGCCAGCUACGUUCACUUGAAGAAGGCCAUCGUCACCAACAGAGGGCCACAUGAGACUGUGGUGCCUCUCGAAGACCCCAUUGUCACCGAGGUCACGUCAACACUGCAGGAAUGGGCCUUACUGUGGAAGCAGCUCUAUGUGAAACACAAGGUGGAUCUGUUCUACAAGGUUCGCCACGUGAUGAUGGAGCUGAUAGACCUGAGAAGGCAGCUGCUGUCCGGUCACCUGACACAAGACCAGAGCAGAGACGUCAAGAGACACAUCACCGUCAGACUCGACUGGGGCAACGAACACCUCGGUCUGGACCUGGUGCCGAGAAAGGAGUUUGAGAUGGUUGAUGAAGACCAGAUCAGCGUGUCAGACCUUUAUAAGAUGCAUCUUUCUAGCAGACACAGCGUACAGCAGAGCACCACACAGGGCGACAACACCCGGCAGAGACAUGGGGAACCUUGUAGAGUUCCAGUACCUCAUCACCUGCUGGUCAAUCUGAAGAGCUUCACCUACAACAGCAUAGGCGAGGACACGGACAUAUUCUUCUCCCUGUACGACCUGAGAGAGGGAAAGACCCUCAGUGAGAAGUUCAUGGUGAGACUGAACAAGAACGGAGGUCCAAAGAAUCCAGAGAAGGUGGACCGGCUGUGUGCCCUCUUCACGGAUCUGAGUAACAAAGACAUGAAGAGAGAUCUCUAUAUUAUCUCACAAGUUAUCAGGACAGGUCGAAUGCUGCUGAAUGACAGUAAGAAGGGUCCCCCGCACGUCCAGUACCGUCGACCGUAUGGCUGUGCGGUCCUGGCCAUGAGCGACGUGCUGCAGACCAUCUCAGAGCUCAAAGAGGAGAAAGAUUUUGUCCUUAAAGUGUACACGUGUAACAAUGAGAAUGAAUGGUACCAGAUCCAUGAGAACAUCAUCCGCAAGUCCAGCACCAAAUACACGGCACCCAGCACCAACUACGGGCUGAUCAUCUCCCUGCAGCUGCUGAGGGGCGACAUGGAGCAGGUCCGCAGAGAAAACCCGCUCAUUUUCAGCAGGGGGGUGGCCAUCACACGCAAACUGGGAUUCCCAGAUGUCAUCAUGCCUGGUGACAUCCGUAACGACCUGUACCUGACACUGGAGCGAGGAGAUUUUGAGAGGGGAGGGAAAAGCGUUCAGAAGAACAUCGAGGUGACCAUAUAUGUGCUUUACGCCGACGGAGAAAUCCUCAAGGACUGCAUCAGUCUGGGUUCAGGUGAGCCCAACGUGCCAGAGCACCGCUCCUUUGUGCUCUACCAUAACAACAGCCCGCGAUGGAGCGAGGUGAUCAAACUGCCGAUUCCCAUCGACCGUUUCAGAGGCUCCCACCUGCGCUUCGAGUUCAGACACUGCUCCACAAAGGACAAAGGAGAGAAAAAGCUGUUUGGUUUUGCCUUCACGCCUCUAAUGAGAGAGGAUGGAACUACUCUCUCUGAUGAGAGCCACGAGCUGUAUGUCUACAAGUUUCUUCAGGACAUUCUGGACACCUUGUUCUCCAUCUUGGAUGACAACACAGACAAAUAUGGGCCGCUGGUUUUUCAGUCAUUGGUGUUCAUUAUAAACCUGCUCAGGGACAGUAAAUACUACCACUUCAGGUCGGUGAUGGACACUUACAUCCAGAAGCACUUUGCUGGAGCGUUAGCUUACAAAUUUCACCUUUCGCAGGUUAUCAACAUCCGCGAUAAACGAGGGAACACGGCUUUGGAGUAUCUGUUCAAGUUCAUCAUCCAGUCUCGGAUCCUUUACUCUCGGGCCACGUGUGGCAUGGAGGAGGAGCAGUUUCGCACCAGCGUCCAAGAACUCUUUCAGUCGAUCCGCUUCGUGCUCAGCCUGGACAGCCGCAACUCCGAGACGCUCAUCUUCACUCAGGCUGCACUUUUGAACUCGUUCCCAGCCAUCUUUGAUGAGCUGCUGCAAAUGUUUACGGUGCAAGAGGUGGCCGAGUUUGUGCGCGGCACCCUGGGCAGCAUGCCGUCCACCGUGCACAUAGGACAGUCCAUGGAUGUGGUCAAGCUGCAGUCCAUAGCUCGGACCGUGGACAGCCGGCUCUUCUCUUUCCCAGAGUCUCGGAGGAUCCUACUUCCUGUGGUCCUCCAUCACAUCCACCUGCACUUGAGGCAACAGAAAGAGCUUCUCAUCUGCUCUGGAAUACUCAGCUCUAUAUUCUCUAUCAUCAAGACCAGCUCGCUGGACACGUCGGUGCAGGAGGAGGUGGAGAUGAUGGUGGAGUCCCUGUUGGACGUCCUCCUGCAAACCCUGCUGUCAAUCAUGAGCAAGAGCCAAUCGCAGGAGGCGGUAAGGGGUCAACGCUGUCCGCAGUGCACCGCUGAGAUCGCUGGAGAGUACGUGUCCUGCCUCCUGUCGCUUCUCCGUCAGAUGACAGAUAUCCACUUCCAGCACCUGAUGGAAAACUUUCAGAGCAAAGAUGAGCUGAAGAACUUCUACAAGUCAGAGAUCAACAAAGAGGAGAUGUACAUCCGCUACAUCCACAAACUGUGUGACAUGCAUCUGCAGGCGGAGAACUACACAGAGGCCGCGUUCACCCUGCUGUUAUACUGGGAGCUGCUGCACUGGGACGAGCGUCCUCUGAAGGAGUUCCUGCAUUAUCCUGCUCAGACCGAGUGGCACCGCAAGGAGGGACUCUGCAGGAAAGUCAUCCACUACUUCAACAAGGGGAAGCUGCUGCACUGGGACGAGCGUCCUCUGAAGGAGUUCCUGCAUUAUCCUGCUCAGACCGAGUGGCACCGCAAGGAGGGACUCUGCAGGAAAGUCAUCCACUACUUCAACAAGGGGAAGUGUUACAUCAAACCUCCUGAAGUCUGGACUGUUUGUCUCCCUGCUUGUCGUGUUUUUCAGAGUCUGUGGAUAGAAAGGACGACUCUGAUCCUCACCCACCCUCUGCCCGGGAUUUCCCGCUGGUUUGAGGUGGAGAAGAGAGAGCUGGUGGAGGUGAGCCCGUUAGAAAACGCCAUCUCUGUGGUGGAGAAUAAGAACCAGGAGCUGCGCACUUUGAUCAGCCAGUACCAACACAAGCAGCUGCACGGCAACAUCAACCUGCUCAGCAUGACGCUGAACGGGGUCAUCGACGCUGCUGUUAACGGAGGCAUCGCCAGAUACCAAGAGGCUUUCUUUGAUAAGGAGUACAUCACGAGCCACCCUGAAGACACUGAGAAGAUCACACAGCUUAAAGACCUGAUGCAGGAGCAGGUUCACAUCCUGGGAGUCGGUCUGGCUGUGCACGAGAAGCUGGUGCACCCAGAAAUGCGUCCCCUGCACAAGAAGCUGAUAGAUCAGUUCCAGAUGAUGAGGAGCAGCCUCUGCCAUGGUCUGCCUGGUUUAGACAAGUCCGGUUCAGGGCCCAACACACCCAGAGGAAUCCUGGCCACUCACGGCCCCAUGAGCCCCGAGAGCUUCAAACUGAUGCACCGACACAGUCCCGUAGCUGUUCUGACUCCUGUGCGCAACUCCUCCUCCUCUCUCUCCUCUCACAACUCCAGUGAGAUGGGAAACGUUGGCAAUCUGCUGAUCCUGGCUGACGGCAUGGUAGUGGAACACCCCGAGGACUUCUACCGCAUGCAGGCGAGCCUGUCCUCCUCCAGUCUUAGCUCCACCCACUCUGCACCUUCUCAGAUGAUAAACUCCGCCCCCUCAACCAUCAGAGUCGGCUCUCCGUCUCUGCCUGACAAAUACAGACACAACAGAGAGAUGCUGAUGCUGCUGCCGCCGCACAGAGAGAGGCCGAGCAGCGCGAUGUACACCAACAUCACAGACAAUGGACAGCCACCAAACUUCCAGCGGGCUUUGUUCCACCAGGUGAUCGGUCCAUGCAAACCCUGCAGCGACCCAAACCUCUCUGUGGCUGAGAAAGGGCAACACCUGUCGAUGCACUUUGACGCUUUCCACCACCAGGUCAGCGACCUCCCUCCAGCUCUCCCCGCGCGCUCUUUAAGAAAGUCUCCCCUGCAUCCUAUACCUGCCUCGCCCACCAGUCCACAGUCCAUCCUGGAUGGCAGUAACUCCAACCUGUCAGGCAGCGCCAGCUCCGGAGUCUCCUCCCUCAGUGAGAGCAACUUUGGUGGCCCCGCCUCCUCCUCUGACCCCACCGCCAGCCGCACAGACACCCUGGAGUCCGUCCCCAGCAGCCAGGCUUGGACCACCGACCAGGAGGACCUCGACUCACCUUACCAGCCCGUCAGGUACAGCGUCUCCGAACCUGAAGUCCUGGAUGGAGUCAAGCCCCCGCCCUGCCGCAGCCACUCUGCCCCGGGAGGCGUCACCCCGGCUCAGGUGGGGUCCCAAAUCCAACCCCAGGCUCCGGGUUCGACCUCCAUCGGAGUUCAACAAAUGCAGCAGCAGGAUGUGCCGCCACACCCACAACACCCCCACUACUACCACCAACUCCACCAUCACUUCCACCCACACUACAUCCCCCACCACCCGCCUCUCUACCACUUCCAUGAGCCUCCGGCGCUGCCCCCUAAACCCUACCUCCGAGAGGGCUGCAUCCCUGAAGAGGACUCCCUGAUCAGCCAGUCUGCAGCGCCUCCACCUCCUGCACCGCGGCCCAUGCCACGCAAGAUCUCCCAGCCCAUAAUCGCAGCCACCAAGGAUGAGCAGGCUAAAGUGGCGUGGGAGCACGGCAUCGGCGAGGAGUAGGACGCCCCCUCAUGGUUUAUAGGGACAGAUAAGAAACUCUUCUCAAAAGAGAGAAAGAAAAGACGUGAGAGCGAGAGCCAAACUAAAAACUGGGUCAUGAAGUUGAGGGUAGCUCCGAUUCGCCCCCAGCUGUCCUCCA